AUUAUUAUUUAAAGAAAAUAUAUAGUUUUUUAUUGAGAAGAAUUUUACUUAAGAAGUUGGAUUAUUGGUGUGUUGGAAAUUAUAAGUUAAGAAUACUCCUCUGCACCACCAGAAAUUGGAUCCAAUUUACGCAUCUGGGAACAUACAAAAUAUAUAAUAUUAUUUCUGGAACUAGGAACUUCCAUAUGUAGAGUAACCUGGGGUAUUAUAAUGGCGCAUGGGGCAAAAAUUGCCAAAAAAAAUUAUUAUGUAUAUCUCAUUGUAUAUUUAAUAAUUGCUAUCUGGUCAAACAUUUUUGUUAUUAUGAUUAUGUUAUCAUGGCCAAACGUGAUAAACAUUUGGAAUGUUCUCCUUUGGAAAAUGGAAAUUUGAAUUCUCUAAUUACGUUGCGUACCUAAUUAAUUGUAAUUUGUAUUGUAUUAACUAAGAAGAAAACAUGGUCCAUCGUUGUAUAUUGUGUUGUAGUGCAUCAAAUACACACAAAGACGUCAGUUUCCAUCAUUUUCCAAAGAAUGAAACUAGACGAUCAUUUUGGAUUGACUCUUUAAGUAUAAAAGAAGUUGUUAAAGACUGGCAUCGAAUUUGUAGUGCACACUUUUCUCCAGAUCAUUUUACUUUUAAAAAUGAACGUAAGAUUUUAAGAAUAGGCGCCAUUCCAAAAAUGAAAGAAGAUAAAGAUGAAGUCGGAAAUUGUGAAACUUCCUUAGAAUAUGACGUCAAUUUAAUAAGUAACAGUUUAGUUGAUGUUGAUUGUUGUCCUGAUAUUGACUUUUUAAAUGAAUCUCCACCAAGUACAAGUAAAAGGUUACAGAAAUUAAUUAUAAAAAAAAAAAAGAAAACUAAUCAAAAGAUUCAACUUAUAUGUAAUUUGGAAAGUGAAAAUGAUGUGGUUCAUAUACAAGAAGCUAGUAAUAUAAAUGAGUGUACUGAAAUGCUUUCGGAUUUUAAUGAACCACCCAAUAUAAAUCAUAAUUAUUCGGCCGCCACAUCAGAUAUAGAAUGUGUUAAUAAUUUGUUGAAAAGUCCAUCAAAAAACACCAAGAAAAAAAAGAAAAAAUCUAAGGUUAUAAAUAGUAAAGAAGCAAUGUCACCGAAAAAACCAAAUAAAUUUAAACAACGGACGUCAAAUAAAGAAUACAAAAAAACUGAUACCUCUCAAUCAGUGGACACGGAAAUGGAGACAUAUGUUAGUAAUAAUUAUAUUGGUGAAGACAGCGGCAAGAAAUCAGAAUUUUUUGAUUCUCUGGAUGAGCACACUUCGGAAUAUCGUACCAUGGCCGACACAAGUAUUUAUUUAAGCCAAUAUUGUAAUCAAACGUCUAAAAAUGCCUACAGUGACAAAAAUGAUCUCACUGGAAACACUCCUCUCCAGUGCGACUUUUGCUUCAAAACCUUUGCGUACAGAUCUAAUUUGCUUGUACAUAGAAGAACGCACACCGGUGAGAAACCAUAUGGGUGUGACAUUUGUGGAUUAGCAUUUAUGAUGCAAAGUCAUUUAGUUAGACAUCAAAGAACGCACACCGGGGAGAAACCUUAUGCAUGCGAUGUUUGUGGAAAAUCAUUUCCGGAAGAAUCAACUUUAGUUAAACAUAAAAGGACACAUACCGGUGAGAAACCGUAUGAGUGCGAUGUUUGUGGACAAUCAUUUUCGGAAAGAGGAAAUUUAGUUAGACACAAAAGAACUCAUCCAAUGUCUAACAAUUCUUCUCUCCAGUGUGACUUUACCGUCACCGGUGAGAAACCAUAUGAGUGCGACGUCUGUGGAUUAGCAUUUAAUAUACUAAGUGAUUUAGUUAGACAUCAAAGAAAGCACACCGGAGAGAAACCAUUCGCGUGCGAUGUUUGUGGAAAAUCAUUUUCGCUGCAACAUCAUUUGGUUACACAUAAUAGAACACACACCGGGGAGAAACCAUAUGCGUGCGAUGUUUGUGGAAAAUCAUUUACGCAGAAAAAUCAUUUGGUUGCACAUAAUAGAACGCACACCGGGGAUAAACCAUACGAGUGCGCUGUUUGUAGCCGAUCAUUUACGGAAAAAAAAACAUUUGGUUACCAUACUAGAACGCACACCGGGGAGAAACCAUAUGCAUGCGAAGUUUGUGGAAAAUCAUUUUCGCAACAACAUCAUUUGGUUACACAUAAUAGAACGCACACCGGGGAGAAACCAUAUGCGUGUGACGUUUGUGGCCGAUCAUUUUCUGAAAAAGGAAGUUUAGUUAAACAUAAUAGAACGCACACAGGCGAACGACCAUACGAGUGCGGUCAGUGUAAAAAAAAGUUCUCAACAAGCCGUGACUGUAAAAGACAUACACUAGGUGUUCAUAGAAAAUGAUUUUAAAUUUGAUAUUAUUAUUGUUGUAUGGACCUAUUACUCAAGAAAAAUAAUCUAUAAACAUCAAAUUAUAUAUGAAAACGUCCAAUCAUCGCGGCAAGGGUUGAGAACUCUUAAAACGCUAUCACUACUUCGUAAAAUCAUCAAUUUCCAAAACGUUGUUGUGUGCAUUAUAUGUUAAUUGAUGUAUUGCUUCUCCCUCCACAGUUUAAAUUAAAUAAUUUUUACUCCAGAUUACUUUUGUAAGCAUGUAGUAUUAGCUACUCAACUAAAAUUAGUUAUUUAUAUAAUGUACUUAUUAGUUAUAACUAUAGUCUGUUGUUCAAUGACUUUUUUAAUACAUACUAUAUAAUCAUAUAAAACAAAAAUUAAAUUAAGUUUGUUUAAAAUUAGGUUUGUUCUGUGUAAAUUAAUUCUAUUUAUAGACAAUACAAUAAAAAAAAUUAGAAGUUGUAUAUAUAAUAAAAGUCCAAUCAUUUCGGUAAGGAUCUACUGUCUAGAAAACGCUAUCACUACAUCGUAAACGAUUGAUUACCUCUGCUCGGGCGUUCGGAACAAAGAAGUAAUACCAUUAUGUCCACAAUGUUUACGACAAUCGUAUGUUGUGAAUUAAACUUUGAAUACAACUUUGUAGUAUUGGUGCAAUGCUCACUAUUUAGUGUCUUACUGUCUUCAAUCGUACUCGAAAAUGCUCGCACUGGAAAAUCUUUAUAAUCGUGAGGGCGAUGCUUGUACCAACAUGUACAUCAGUUUAUACAAAUUCUCUGAACACCGAAGACGAUUGCACGUUGGUUUAAAACAUCACGCGUUUGACCUUUGUGGUAUUUGCUUUUUUGUAGAAACUACUGUUGAAAAACCACUAUAGAAACGCAUACCGUAAAAUCUUGUUACAUCAUUUCAAAAUGCAUACCAAAAAGCUAUUUUGAUAUUUUUGAUUUGUUACAAACAUUAUUAAAACCAUCAACAACCAAAAGGUUGUUAUGUGCACAUUACAAUAAUGGAUGUAUGAUUUUCCCUCCACUGUUUAAUCAAUGAAAAUAUGAAUAAUCCUACUGUAAAAAUUGAUUCUGUAAUGUAUUAAAUCUUAUAAAUAUAUUGUGUUUUUUAUUAAAUAUCUAUUAAAAGUUACAUCAUAUAAUAAAAUACAUUAUGUUUAUCAAUAAAUGUUCUUGUUUAAUAUUUAUAAAUAACUUAUUUAUACACAUGCUUGAAAAUUUAAUACAAGGCUCCUAAUAUAUUGUUA